GCAGAAAUAAUUGACGUCAUCUUUGUUGGUAAACUUCAGAACGUGAUGCUCAUACCUAUGUUACUGCUAAAACCCAUAAUCAACCUUGUUAGCACUAACAAGCAACAAUAUGGCCAGUUAUAGUGCUGAUGUAGAACUGGCAGACCAGGAAUUGGUGAAGUGUGUCGUGGUUGGUGACUCUGGUGUAGGGAAGACACGACUGAUUUGUGCUAGGGCAUGUGGGACAUCUUACACACUACGUCAACUCACUCAAACUCACAUACCUACAGUAUGGGCCAUAGAUCAUUACAGGCAGGAUAAAGAGGUGCUUGAUAAAUCUUGCUGUGUGAUAGAUGGCGCCAAUGUUACCUUGCGUCUCUGGGAUACAUUUGGAUACCAUGGAAAAGACAGGAGAUUUGCAUAUGGCCGAGCUGAUGUGGUCUUGUUGUGUUUUUCAUUGGUCAAACCAAAGAGUCUUCGCAAUGUAGAACAACUAUGGUACCCAGAGAUACAGAAGUCCUGCCCUGGGGUACCAAUCAUCCUCUGUGGCUGCCAAGCAGACCUCAGAUAUCUUUACAAUGAUGAACAGUUCUUGGCACUUGAUAAAGGGCCAUUCUUCAAAGAUAUUUGUGAUGACGAUAUUAUAUUACCAGAAGUUGGAAGAUCUGUGGCACAGAAUAUUGGAGCUCACUAUUAUGAAUCUAGUGUCCUGACAGAAUAUGGGAUCAAAGAUGUGUUUACCAAUGCUAUACGUGCAGCGCUUCUGGAGAAACGUAGGGCCAGGUUCUGGGUCCCUCAGUUGAAGUAUAUUCGCAAACCAACUUGCCAGGAACCUGUAAAGCCACCUAAACCCAGCAUGCCAAUAUUAGAAGUUCCUCCUCAAAACAUCAAAAAUGAUCUCCAGUGUUUGUUGCAUAACCAACAAUUCUGUGAUGUUCACUUCAUAUGCCAAGGGGUCUCAAUAAAGGCCCAUAAAAUAUGUUUAGUCGCUGCCGCUCCAGUAUUUCAUGAUAUUUUUAUCACAUCAAAUAAGGACUCAAAACACAGUCAUAAAGAACAAAGUAUCAUAUCGAGUCAUACGAAUAAUGCUUUUGAGACAGAUUCUGUUAAGGAACUUUUGUUGAAGGAUGAUGUACCUGAUCCCCCUGAGAUGUCCAACUACAGGACCCUGAACCACCCUGCAUUCAUUGCAACUGAAGAGCACAAGACAGAGACAUCUAUUUAUGACCAGUCAAUGACAUCUAUAGUGACAAUGAACAGUGAGAUUAAACCACUAAUCUUCCAGCACAUAUUGCAGUAUCUCUAUACUGGUUGUAUCACAGAGACACCUGCCCUCUUGCCCGAUGUAAAACAAAGUGCCCUACUUUUGGGCUUCUCUGAUCUUGUUGGUAUGGUGUUCAACAUUGAAAACAACCAGGGGUACUUGAACAGAGAAAAUGAGCGGUCAUUCAUGGAUCGUAGAUUUGCCAGAGUGAAAGAACUGAUACUGAAGAAAGGGUUAUUUGCUGAUGUAUUCUUUGAGUUGGAGGAUGGAGUGGUGCCAGGAAACAAAGCCCUAAUGAUCGCUCGUUGUGAUAUGAUGGCCGCAAUGUUCAGUAACAACUUCCUGGAAGGAUCUGCUAAAAUGAUUCCAUUCCCUGGAGUAUACAAGGACACGUUCGUCGUAUUACAGGAGUACCUGUACACAGGUAGAUGCCCCGACCUGAAUCAAGUGGACUACAUAGAGCUGUUAGAGCUAGCUAACAGGCUCUGUUUACCACACUUGUUGCUCUUGACAGAACAUGCUGUGGCAAACCAUCUGCUGAAGGCUGAACGUGCUGGAUCUAGCAUCGUAGAUGAGGUGCUUGCACUCCUGGAACCUGCUCAGCUCCACAAUGCUUCUCAGCUUUCCCGCUGGUGUCUCACGUAUCUGUGCACUCAUUAUGGAACAGUGUACAAGAAACACUAUAAGACCCUGGUGACUUUGCGAUCAGAGAACAGAGAGUACCUUGUCAAGUACAGAUGGCCGCCUUUGUGGUAUCUAAAGGAGGUUGACCAUUAUGACAGGACAGUCCGGGAACAGGCAAUGCGAGAGCGCCCUCUGAAGUCUAUCAACUUCUCCGCUGCAUCCUCCAGGGGAUGCCUCUGUUUCUCCAAACGUUAGCUCUAAGCUAUGACAUCUGUUGGAGUUUACUUGUCUCAACACAUAAAUCAUUAAGAGUAUUAUGUGAAUUAUAUAUUAGAACACAUACUCCCUCAGUUCCCCCACAAGAAAUGAGGAAGAAAGGGAAGGUCAGAAGCUGACUACUCUGUAUGUCAGUUCUCACUCAAAGUUGAUCCUUUCUCAUAUACAGAUAUAAGGGACUAUAAGAUGUGUAGUACUGAAUGCCAAAUGCUGAAUAAGUAACACAUGUGUACAGAGAAGUCAUGGAAUGACUGGUGCCAAUUAUUCUUUUGUAAACUUCUGAUGCAACAACCAAAAGAUAGUUAAACCUGCACAUUGCUUUAAAACACCAUGUUGGGUUGUUCCGUGGUCAACUCUUAAAGUUUGAGCUACAUUAUACUGAAAGAAUAUACAUUGGUGAACAAAUGGGGCAAAUCUUUUGUA